AUGAAGGCUGAAGCCAAGGCGUUAAACCCUCUCGUCGCUUUCGACCUCAAGAGGGAUGCGUAUGGAUUUGCAGUCAGACCUCAACAUAUUCAGAGAUACAGAGAAUAUGCUAAUAUCUAUAAGGAGGAAGAGGAAGAAAGGUCAGACAGAUGGAAAAGUUUCUUGGACCGGUUGGCAGAGCCUGCUCAACUGCCUAUAAAUGGUUCUACUUCAGAAGAAGCUGCUGGGAACUUGAUUACUGAAGCAACAGAGGAGGAGGUUGAUGAUAGUUUACUGAAAGAAACUGAAGGAGACAGCCUGAAUGAUGAGAAGCGUAACUCUGACGUUUCAUGUGAGGAUCUUACUGAAAAUGAGGACAAAAAGUCCAAAGCUAAUAGAAGAAUACAUAGGAUCCAAAUUUGGGCAGAGACGAGACCGUCCCUUCGAGUCAUUGAAGAUGUGAUGUGUUUGCGUGUGAAGAAGAAGCCCGAUCAAGUGAGGGAACAGCAAGAUGACAUGAAAGAAAAGCCAGUGUCUACUUUUGAAGAUGCUAAAUCACCAAAAGGAGUGACAGAGGAAGAUUCUGAGGAUGAGUUUUAUGAUGUGGAGCGGUCAGAUCCAGUUCCUGACGUUCCUCCGGUCGAGAAUGUUGUGGCAUCUGGAACAGGUGCUACUGUUGCUGAUGCAGCCUAUCAGGGAGAUUUGUCUUCUUGGAAAGAAGAGCUGGAGGUCCUUGUUCGUGGAGGGGUGCCAAUGGCUCUUAGAGGAGAGCUAUGGCAAGCAUUUGUUGGUGUCAAGGCUCGGCGAACAGAUAAAUACUACCAAGAUCUCCUCGCCUUGGAAACGAAAUCAGAAAAUCAUGUAGACGUACAAUCAGAAAGUGAUCCUAAAAGUUCACCAAGAGACCCUGCAUCUGGAACGGAAAAAUGGAAAGGGCAGAUUGAGAAGGAUUUGCCCCGAACUUUUCCUGGUCAUCCAGCAUUGGAUAAUGAUGGAAGAAAUGCUUUGAGGCGGUUACUUACAGCCUAUGCAAGACACAAUCCUUCAGUAGGAUAUUGUCAGGCCAUGAAUUUCUUUGCUGCUCUUUUACUACUCCUGAUGCCGGAAGAAAAUGCCUUCUGGACAUUGAUGGGUCUUCUUGAUGAUUAUUUUGAUGGCUAUUACUCUGAAGAAAUGACAGAGUCUCAGGUCGACCAACUAAUUUUUGAGGAGCUUGUGCGCGAAAGAUUCCCUAAACUAGUCAAUCAUCUGGAUUAUCUGGGAGUGCAGGUUGCAUGGGUUACAGGACCAUGGUUCCUUUCCAUCUUUAUGAAUAUGCUUCCGUGGGAAAGUGUUCUUCGAGUCUGGGACGUCCUUCUUUUUGAAGGAAACCGUGUCAUGCUCUUUAGGACAGCGCUUGCGUUGAUGGACUUAUAUGGCCCUGCAUUAGUUACGACUAAGGAUGCUGGAGAUGCAGUUACUUUGUUGCAGUCACUGGCGGGUUCAACAUUUGAUAGCAGUCAACUUGUACUUACAGCUAGCAUGGGUUUCCAAAAUGUAAAUGAAACACGAUUGCGGGAAUUGGGAAAUAAGCAUCGACCAGCUGUAAUGGCCGCACUUGAAGAGAGAACAAAGGGACUUCAAGCUUGGAGCGAUACUAAGGGGUUGGCUUCGAAGCUGUAUAAUUUCAAACAUGAUACUAAGUCGAUGUUGGCAGAAGGAAGAAGGCAACCCAAUGGUGAAUUAUCUCGUUCUGAGUCUGGAUCUAUUAAUUCAGAUGAUGUUCUUGUCACUCUGACAGAGAAUGGGGAGAUAGAUAGUACUCCAGAUCUUCAAGAUCAGGUGGUGUGGUUGAAGGUUGAAUUGUGCAAGUUAUUAGAGGAUAAAAGAUCUGCUCUAUUGAGAGCUGAGGAAUUGGAGACGGCUUUAAUGGAGAUGGUCAAACAAGAUAAUCGAAGGCAACUGAGUGCAAGGGUUGAGCAGUUGGAACAGGAGGUUUCAGAGCUGCGGAAGGCUCUGGCCGAGAAGGAGGAGCAAGAAAAUGCCAUGAUUCAGGUGUUAAUGCGAGUGGAGCAAGAGCAAAAAGUAACUGAAGAUGCUCGUAGAUAUGCUGAGCAGGAUGCAUCAGCUCAAAGAUAUGCUUGCCAAGUGCUUCAGGAGAAGUAUGAAGAGGCGAUGGCAUCACUCGCGGAAAUGGAGAAACGAGUAGUCAUGGCAGAAUCAAUGUUAGAAGCUACCUUGCAAUACCAGUCUGGCCAGCUGAAAACAGCACCGUCUCCCAGAGGUCAAAAUCAAGAGAAAUUGCUACGUAGCGACAGCAAUCAAGACCCGGCACAGGAAACGCCUACAAGAAAGUCUGGAUUAUUUGGACUUGGCUGGCGUGACAAAAGCAAGGGGAAAUCUACGAGUGCUACUAAUGGUGAAGAGACCGGAGAUGGGAAGCCAUCGUCUUCCAACGAGGAGCAGGCGUUAACCAACGAUCAAAAUGGCUCCCCGGCGGUACAAGACAAAGAGCAGAGAUAUUGA